AUGACGCACGAGCGGACGAUGCAGCAACUUGUACUCACCAACAACAACAAGAGAAAGGGAGGAAGCGGCGGCAGUGCACCACUCGGCGACCGCUCCCUGCCACGACUGCGACCAAACAGCUCUGCCCCAGCCUCGCCAUUCCUGUCCCCUUCGUCCCCAGCUUCGCCAUCUUCGAUUUCAUCUUCGGCAUCUUCGUCACCGCUUUUCGAAGACCCCUUCAACGAUUCCGACUGCGAGCCCCUCUUCGCCUCUGUCGCCACCUACGUCGGUGGUGCCUCACCCAGCCCUUCGUCGUCGGCUGCGCAGGCAUACCACCACUUCUUGCCCACUCCCCUGUCGCAGAUGGCCACUACUUCCACUUUGCGGCAGCGCGUAGGUGACGAGGUGUGCAUGGACAUCAGUAGCAACAUCAACUCCUACGCGAUGACACGCACGACCAUGGCGGCCUCUGCCCCGUUGGGCAAGGACGAGCUACAGCAUCAUCGUCAACACGAAGGCGGCGGCCAAGGCAUCUUCGGGCUGAUGGACGCCAAGCUGAACGGCGGACUAGCGGCGAUGCAAAACCACACGGAGCGAACACGGCCGAUCGUGCUGCGCGGGUCGGCCACCGCGGCCUACGGCAUCAAGAACGAUCCCUUCACCUACCUCGGCUUGUGGGGCAUCGGCAUUUGCACGGCGGCGGCUGUGGGCUCGCUCUACGGCUUCCUGCGGAUGGGCCGCCGAUUCGGCAAGUGGAGCCAACAGCAGCCAAACGAGUGGCUGCCCAUCAUGCCGGCCGCCCGAGCGCUGUUGGCGAAACGCACAUUUGCUCGGACGGGGCUGGGCACGGCCGGCUUCCUCGCGGGCGUGUUCGCGGUGGACCGUGCCAUGGACCGUGUGCUGCUUUCGGCCUACACCAGUGAGGCGCAGAACAACCUGUUCACGCAGAGGAACCUGCCGCCCACGUCCACCGUCGACGCCUACAUCCUCUCCACCCACGUGGGCUACCUGCUGGUCGCCACGCUCCUCCUUUCCUUCACUCCACACAUCGUUUUGCCGUCGCUCAUUGCCGCCGCCUUCGCCGCCGUCGCCAACUUCAAGGUCUACAUGCUCGCCUCGCAGCGCAACCGACGCCUCGCUGCGGCCGCCGAUGCUACCACCACAACCCGAGAGGCCGCUACCUCCAGCCAAUCCACAUAA